AGGGAUGGCGGAGAAAAGGCCAGAGAAGCCUACCCCAUGAGCUGCACCCCAUUCUCGCUCCGCCCUUCUGAUUCUGAUCUCCCCGAGGCUCUCAUCCUCGGUGGUUGCCAUUGCCAAAACCCAAUUAAUUAAAUGGCCUAACGGUGCGUUUAGGUGCCGCUGAUCACCCAAACUGGUUCCCUGGAAGUCGGCCCAGAUCGCGCGGGGGGAAGUAGCGCGCGCUUUCAAUACCACAGAGGCAAAGGUUCCCUUUUCGUUGGUCUGAUUCUGAUCACGUUCAAAUAUGGGCGAGACGAGAGGGAAGCGCGCCAUCACUGUUCUAUCUUCUUCAUCUUCUGAAGAAAUUGAUGAUCAUGACAUGGAAGAUACAACCAGCGACGACGACUACGCUGAUGAUGACGAUGAGCGACAAUCUGUGGAUGACGAUGAUGAAAAGUCUGACGACAGUGAUGAUAAAUCCUUUUCCGACAAAGUUUUUGCCUUUCUUCAAGGAAAUGAUUUAAAAUCUCUGAAAUUGAAAGAUUGCAAAGCAUAUCUGCGGAAAAAUGGCCUCAGACUGGCAGGGAAUAGAGAUGUUUGUAUUGAGAGAAUGAGGGAACAUUGGAGGAUUAAAGAUGGACAUGGAUAUACACUUUAUCCGAGAUCAUCCUUUAUCAUUGAUUGUACUGGUGAUGUAUGUAAGGGAGAUGUUGUCCUGUUCAGACAGAACGUUUGUGAAAAGUUUGAUAAAGCAACCCAGCGAGGAAGACAUCUAGGAAAAAGAACUGUUGCUGGGAGGGUAGUUAAAGAAAGUUAUGGUGCAACAAAGCAGCAACAUACCUUCACAGUUGAAGUCAUAUGGAGUAGUGGGGUUAAGAAGUUGCCUCCACUUUUCCCUUUGCUUGUUAAGGGCCGUAAUCUUUAUAAAUUGAAAACUUACAGACAGAGAUGGAUUAAUGAAGCUGAAAGAGUCAAAGUGCUUUCUGAGAAGCACCUACGUGGUGCUGAGGCAAGGCUUGUUAAAGCAAUGAGACAAAAGAAGGUUAAAUGUAGUGCACAUGGAUGUGUCAACGGCCAUUUUGAAAUCCAGCAUACCAAACCAUCAAAGGUGAGAAGAUCAUGUACCAAUCACAUGCGAAAGGCAAGACACCUUGAUCUUGAUGGACAUCGAAGUACAAUCUCUGACUCCCAGCCUCAUGAGACCAUUUCACCAAGACAAGCAACUUGGAAGCAAAAUGCAUCUUCAAGAACAUUAUCUACGAGAGGAUGGUAUAAAUCUGCUGACCGUUAUCAGCUUCCAGCUGAUUCCUCAUUUGUCAGAAGAAAGGAAACAUGAAUUCCCACCUUCCGGGUCUUAUGUUAAUGAAAAUGUCUCGUCUAGAUCAAAUCUGGCAACUGGCACUAAUAGUCUUGCCUAUACAAUCCCCAGGUACACCUCUAAAAGAAGGCAUUUGAAUGCAGAACAUGUUGACAGGCCACGCAUCCAUUUCCUUCAAGAACUAAGAUGUGUGGAUGGAGGAAUUGUAGUCUAAGGUGAUCUAUAUUUUUAAUUCAAUAUUUUUAAGAAGUAUUAUUGUUGAUAAAUCAUAUAUAGUGCAACUCAUUUUGAACCCCUCAGCUGGUUCUAUGCAAAUGCACAGGUCUCACUCUAGCUAGAUUGUAAAAUAUAGCUUCCAUGAUCUCAUGGUUAGAUUUAUGCUAGGUAAUAUGGGCCUUCGUUUCUUUUCUAGUGUCAGCCUUGUAGACCUAUCAACUGCUUCCACAUUUACAAGUUACUCCCUCCCAAUUAUAAUAUAAGACAUUUUUUAGAA